CGACGUUGCUUGCUCGAAGCAGUAUUGUUUUUCUUCCUCUGGAGCUAGGUGGAAGUCAAUCACUGAUUUAUUUCGCUAUUUAUGGCCGCAAUCGACAAAGUUCGCGUCCUGGUUGUAGGCGAUUCCGGUGUCGGCAAAACAUCUUUGACACAUCUAAUAGCAAAUAAUGAGCCACUUACUUCACCAGGGUGGACCGUUGGCUGUGCCGUCGAGGUAAAACUUCAUGAAUACAAGGAAGGCACGCCUUCGCAGAACACAUUCUUUAUAGAACUUUGGGACGUGGGUGGAUCAAUCAGUCAUAAAAACACCCGAGGAGUAUUUUACAACCCAACCCAUGGAAUUAUUCUUGUGCAUGACCUAACGAACAAAAAAAGCCAAGAAAAUUUGCAGCGGUGGCUAAUUGAAAUCCUAAACAAGGACGGGAAAGACGUUCUGAAAGGAGGUGAUAAUGUCGAUAUUGAUCCAGAACAGUUUCUUGGAUCUACUCAGUUCAAAAAUUCUCAGAUACCCAUUCUGGUGAUUGGGACUAAAUUGGAUCUGCUAGAUGAAAAUCACAAAAAUAAAAUACACAACAAGACGUCCGCAGGAAGUAUAGCAGAGCAAUGUGGAGCCGACGAAAUAUGUUUGAAUUGUCACGAGGCAAGGGGUCUAGCCGCAGGGACAACUGAUGCAGUAAAACUAUCCCGCUUCUACGAUAAAGUAAUAGAGAGAAAAUACUACAGUCGUGAAGCCGGUAGAAAAUAUACCUAUAACGCAGCGCCUUUCAACACAUUUGGAGUACCUCCUACUAAUACGGCGACCUUUUACAGUCAAUCGAACUCGGAAUCGGUGCCCUAAUUAAUAAUUAAUAAACUUUGACCUCAGA